CGGGCUGCAGGGAGCUCUGGAGGGGAAGGGCAGCGAGGUGGCAGCACAGGUUACACAGUACCAGCACAGGGUACAGGAACUGGAGAACACGAUUCAACAGAUAACCACAGAACACCAGCAGCAGAUUGUAGAGAAGGAUGAAACCUACAAGAAAUCCUCGGAGAUGGUCGAGUCACUGCAAACCAAAGAGAGGGAACUAGCCGAGAAGGUGCAAGGCUUAGAAACAAGCGUACAAGAGCUAACCUCCACACACCAAACCCAGGUCAAAGAACUACAGGAGACCUUCAAGACAGAAAGGGAGCAACUUCUUAGAGAUCAUGAAGAAAAGGAGAAGGAGGCAACAAACAGGUUUGAGGAACUGGAAGCAAAGAUACUAGAGUUGAAUCAGAAACAUGAAGCAGAAUUCAAGGAGCUUCAAGAAUCUUCACAUAGUGAAAGAAAACAGCUACAAGAUCAGCUGUCAGCUAAGGAGGGAGAGGCAAGUAGGGUGCAAGAUAUUGAGUUAAGAAUACAAGAGAUGCAAGGAAAGCAUCAAGAGCAAGUUAAAGAAGCCCAGGAUUCAUUCAAUAAUGAAAGAGAACAGUUGAAAAAUAGCCUUCAAGAGAAAGAAACAGAAAUGUCCGCUAAGGUUGAAGAGUUAGAGGUAAGAAUACGAGAACUUACCCAAAAGUAUGAAGCUGAUUCAAAGGAAAUUCAAGAAUCCUUCAACAACGAAAGGCAGCAGCUAGGACACCAACUGGAGGAGAAAGCGAAAGAAGCGCUAAACAUCAAGGAGGGGCUUGAGAACCAGCUUCAAGAAAUUAGUAAUAAAAACCAAAGAGAGGUAGAGGCACUUCAGGCAACACACGAAUCUGAGAUGAAGAAUUUGCAGUCCACCCUUGAGAGUGCGGAAAGGGAGGCCAAGACAAGGUUGGAACAGCUGGAAGAGGCCUGGACACAGAAACUACAGCAGUCUGAGAAACGUGAAGAAGAGUUGAAGGAAAAAGUCACCUUCUUGAUGGAGAAGAACAAGACCGAGACAUCUGAGAGGGAAGGACAGAUGUUUGCUAGGAUUGCUUCACUAGAAGAGGAGCGUACCCAACUGCAGGCCAGUGCUAACCAGGUGCAAGCAGACCUGCACAGCCGGGAGACAGAGCUCACUGCAGCUCAGGAACAAGCAAGCAGGGACCUACAGCAGGCACAGGAGCAACACCAAGCAGCACUGAGAAAGCUGGAAGAAGACCUGUCCGAGAAAGUGAACACUGCAAGUAAAGAGGCAGAGAAUCGGGUGAAGACAUUACAAGCCGAACAUGAGCAGUUGUUGAAGACGAAGGAUGAGGAAUAUUCAAAGCAAAUUCAAGAGAUCAGACAAGAAGCUGAAGGACAGCAGGGAGAAGCAUCUGCACAGCUUGAAAACGUUCUGAAAGAAAAGGAAGAACAGCUGAGCUUGAAGCUUAGUGAGCAAGAGAAGGCAUGGGAGAUGAAGGUCCAGGAGAUCACAGAGCAGAAAGAUUCUCUUUUGAGGACAAAAGAGGAGGAAUUCUCACAGCAGAUCAGAGCAGUUCACGAGGAAAAGGACAAACUUCUUCAAGACCUUCAGUCAGAAAAGGAAUCUUCUCUGCAGAACAAGGAAAAAGAAGUGGAAGAACUGCUCUCAACUAAAGAAGCAGAAUGGCAACAGAAGGUAGAGACUGUUCGUAAGGAAGUUGAAGAACAUCACCAAACCGUUCUGAGAACGAAAGAAGAGGAAUUUUCCCAGCAAUUCAAGACAAUCCAAGAGGAGAAGGAGAAGGCCUUGCAGGAUGUGCAGUCAGAGCGGGAUUCAGGGCUGCAGAAGAAGCAGCAGGAGCUGCAGGAAGUGAUGACUGCUAAGGAAGCUGAGUGGCAGCAGAGGUUGGAGGGGCUGGAGAGAGAGAAGUCAGAGGCUCUGUCACAACUAGAGACGCAGCAUGCUGAGUCUGUGGAAGCUAUGAAGGCUGAGCAUACAAACAAGGUGCAGGAAACAGUACAGCAAAUGCAGGCCUCACUGCAGCAGCUCCGAGAGGAGCACUCCACACAGCUGGAGCAACUGACCGUUCAGCACCAAGGACAGCUGCAACAACUCCACACAGAACAUGAGAGCAACAUGAUCGAGAUGAAGAAAAAACUGCAGGCAGACAUGGAGGAACAGAGGCUACAGUUUGAGAACAGGGUAGGAGAGUUUGUCGACAAAGACUUGGAAUACCAGGCUACUGUUAAGGGCCUACAAGGGCAGCUUGAUGAGAAGUCUCAACAACUUCAGGGGACAAAAGACAAGCUGGGAGAAGCGGGAGCACGGCUUAAGAAGCUUGCCAUGACGCACAAGUCGUCUGUAAGCGAGUACCAAGAGAAGCUUGAAUCCCAGAAGGCUUCGUUCACCCAGGAGGUGGAGAUGCUGAGGCAGCAGAUUAAAGAGAAGGAGGAGCAAGCCAAGCUUGGUGCUGAGGAGCUGCAGCAGGACCUGCAGAAUAAAGUAUCAGAAUACCAGCAGCAGCUUCAGGAUCUCACACAACAACACCGGCAACAACUGGAACAGGUGGAGACCAAGUGGAAAGCUUCCCUUGAAGAAAAGAGCGAGACAAUCUCCAAGAUGGAAAAAGAGGCUGAGAACUUGAAGAUGCAAUUCAAGGAAACGGUCCAAAAGAUGCAGGAGAAGUUGAAGACCAGAGAGGGCACCAUCCAGGAGUUACAGGACGUGAUGAGCGGGAAGGAAAAACAGCUUGAAGCGCUUCAACAGGAUGGUAGCACAAAAGUGGAGGAGUUGGGAAAAGUACAAGCUGAGCUGGAGCAGGCAAGGAGUGAGCUGAAAAAGCUACAGGAAACACAAGACCAGACUGCACAGAAGUUUGAAGCAGAGACUCAGAACAGCCAGACCAGGAUACAAGAACUGGAAUCCAAGCAGCAAACAGCUGAACAGAAGGUUGGGGAGUAUGAACAGCAGGUGGCACAGCUGCAGGGGGAGGUAGACCAGCUGAAGGAACAGCUGUCAGUCAAAGAGCAGGAAAACUGCCAGAAGUAUGCUGAUCUUGAGAAGGAAAAGCAGUCAGAAUUAGAGAAGCGUGUCAAGGAGGUUGAAGAACAGGCUCAGGCAAAGCUGACAAAACUUAAGGAGAAAGCUGAGCAGAGGCUUGGAGAGUUCCAAUCCAAGGUCAAAAGCCUCCAGGAAGAGCUCAAGGUCAAGACAGAAAGCUGUGAUGCUCAAGUUCAGGAGAGAGAAACCAGAAUAGCAGAACUCAAAAAAUCACUUUCAGACCUUCAGCAACAGAGUCUAGAUAGUAGUCAAGCAAGCCAGCUGCUACAAACCAGGCUUGCAGAGCUCACAACCGAGUGUCAAAACCAGCAAGAGGCUGCAAGGAUAGCGGAAGAGAGGAAGGUGGCAGAAAUCUCGAAACUUCAGGAAGAGAAUGCCAAGGUCCUACAGGAGCAAGCUUCCGACUUGGAGAGCAAAGCAAAAACUCGGCUUGGAGAGCUGAAGAAAAAGGCAGAACAGAAGAUUGCCAUGGCUCAAAAUAAGAUCUCAGAACUACAAACACAGAUGCAAACGCAGAAACAAGAGCACGAGGCUGCAGUGUCUGAAAGAGAAACAAGAAUAAAAGAACUUGAGUCAACCUUACAAGAUAAUGCCAAUCAGAUAGGCACACUAGAAUCACAAUGUCAAGAGAGCCAGGAUAAGCUAAAACAAGAUUCUGAAGAGAAAGCUAACUUGCUGAAGGAGUUGGAGGAGUCAAGAAGAACACAUGCUGAAGGUGCAACACAGACAGAAGCAGAGAAAAACCAGCUGGGAGAACAGUUAGCAUCUUUGAAACAGCAGCUGUCAGAAAGUCAGGAACAGAACGAAGGAUUGGAAGAGAGACUUGCAGAAGCUCAGAAGAAAGUUGCAGAGUUUGACCACAUGAUGGAGUUCAGACAGAUGCAGUACGACGAAGUCGUCCGAGAAAGGGACUCUCUGAAAGAGGAGACGGAAAAACAUCAGGGCCUUCUGCAGAAGCUUGAGACAAGUGAGAAUGAAGUAAGUGUCUUCACCGCUCAGAUUGAAGAAGUCAAGCUAGAGUGUGAGGAGUACAAAACAGCACUAGAGCAGAAGGACAAGGAACUGUCUGACAAGGUGGCCAUCUUGCAGCAGGAGAAGACAGAGGCCCUGCAGACUCAAGCAACAGAACUGGCGGAAAAGGGAAAAUCCAAUCUUGCUGACUUGAAGAAGAAAGCAGAGCAGAAGAUUGCUCAGGUGAAGAAAGCCCUGCAGGAACAGCUGCAGGAGAAGGACAAGACACUGCAGCAGCUGCAGCAAUCCCAGGCUGCUGCUGCAGGAACACAGGCUGAGGAGGUGACAAGGCUGCAGACAGAGCUGCAGGCUGCACAGGAACAACUGCAGACUGAAAGGGAAAGACUGGAGUCAGACAGGAAGUCCCUUCUAGCCGACCUGCAGUCCAAACUGGAGGAGAAGGAUAGUGUCCUGCAGGAAACCCUUCACAGCUGUGAGCAGCAGACAAGGAACAUUGUUGAGCUGCAGGCCAAACUACAGCAGGCUGAACAACAACUUCACAGUAAAGAGGGACAAGAAACUGUCAUCUCCGAACUCCAAGCAAAGUUGCAACAGUCUGAAGAAUCGCUGCAAAGUCAGGAAGGAAGCAACCAGUCCAUCACAGAGCUGCAAGGUAAGCUCCAACAAGCGGAGGAAAUGUUGCAGAAGAAAGAAGAGCAGGAAUCAGUCAUUGCAGAUCUGCAGACAAAGUUACAACAGGCUGAAGAAUCACUUCAGGGUAAAGAAGAAGCAGAGAAAACCAUUGCAGAGCUGCAAGCUAAGUUGCAACAAGCUGAAGAGCAACUCCAGAAUAGCAAAGAGCCACAGCAAGCCACGGAAGUGCCAGUCACAGAAGUGGUUCAGCAGAAGGAGGAGGCAUCCAUGCAAGGGACGUCACCGCCUGAAACUGGUGGUAAUACUAGUCUGGUGGAGAAGUUAAAGACUCAGUUGGAACAGACGGAGAAGACUCUAGAAGAGGUUAAGAAGGAAAAGUCAUCCAUGAAGAAGGAGGCCAAAACAAUGAAGAAGGAACUGGAAGACUUGAGGGCAGAACUCCAGUUUGACACUGAGACACACGAGAAGGAGAUGAAUGAGAAGUUGUUAGCCCAGCGUCAGGAAUACGAGGGAAAACUGGAGGAGAAGGAGAACACACACGGCUCCAAACUCAAACAGCUGGUCCGAGAGUUCUCCAUGAAGAUGAGCAAACAGGAGCAGGAGUUUCAGGAACAGCUGAGGGAGGCUAUAGGUAGGGGGCAGCGUAUAGAGGAUGACCUGGAGCAGCAGUAUAAGGAGGAGCUGCUGCAGGUACGGAGGGAACUCAAGGCCAAGGACAAGGAGAUCGACGAGGCCAUCCAGAGACAUGAGCUUCAACUGGAGGAGCGAGAAGUUGAGAUGUCCAGCCGUGUGGAACAGCUGCAGACACAGCUACAACAGCAGGACUACUCCCACCAGGCAGCGCUGGCCAGCAUACAGCAGCACCUGGACUCUGAGAGGACCAGUCAUGCUGCUGAACUACAGGUAUCACUUUAA